AAACCUCCACUAGCUACAAACCACACUUCCUCCUCGGAGACACACACAGCCAGACCACGAAGGAACAAGACGGGAAAGAGAGACAGAGAAAGAGAGACAGAGAGGGAGCUGAAAAAGAGAGGAAUACGCUGUGGUGACGGAGAGGAGAGGACGGAGAGACAGACGGAUGAAGGGGGAGAAGGAGGAGAGUGGAGUGGAGGAUAUUAUCUUCUUCCUCUUGUAUGCCUGAGGAGCGGUCAUUACCAGCAUCCAGCUGGUGCCUCCAGCCAAGGACAAAUAGACAGACCAGACAGACCCGGGCCUAUGAAUCAUCUUCAUCUGUGUGUGUUUGCUCACAGAUGCUUGGACGGACAGAACAUACAGUCCUAAAUACGUAAACUCUCUCUCUUACACACACACACACUAACACACACACAUACAAACACAGAGAUUCAUUACGAGCAUGAAUGAAACAACUCUGUCCUUCAUCAAGGUUAAACAGCACAUCCAUACACUAGUUCACACUGACAGAUAGCUACAGCUAGUCAUCGUCCACCCACCCUACCACAUCUACCUGUCACACACACACACACACACACACACCUACCCAGAGUAUCCAGCAUGGACUCAUUGGUGAAGAAGAAGCUGGCUGCCCCUGUGAAGAAGCUCACCUCUUGUGUGACAGGGGGCAAAAACUGCCACCUGUGGAGCAAGUACCGAGGCAAGAGGGGCAAAGCAGGGAGGUCCAGGGGCGCCGCUGGACAGCGCUCCAGCUACCUCCAGAACCCCUGCGUCACGCACUCCUAUCAGGCCGACCUGGAGAAGGCCAGGAAGCAGCGAGAAGCUAUGAAUGCUCAGAAGAAUGCUGAGAGAGCAGCCAUGAGAGCUCACUUCAGGAGGAAGUACCAGCUCCCUAAGAAUCGCAAGGAUCCCAGCCGCCUGAGAAAGGUAGGAGGUAAGGUGGCUCUCCCCCGUGAGCUGGCGGCCAUGAUUCAGCCCGACGCACCCUCCAAAGAGGACACCUACAGCCUGCUCAGCGUGUUCCAAGGCCUUAGCGUUAACAUGGGAUUUCUCACUGGAGAGAAGCACACCAAGACCCCCACCCAUGUCAGUAAGGACUGCAAGGUCAUGGAGGGGGAGGAAGGGCAGGACCAGCCCUCAGGGGCAAAAAACUCAACUCAGGGGAUGGAGAGCCAGACUGACAGUGUGAGAGAGACGACAGACAGCAGGGAAGCCAUGCUGUGCUCUGUGCUGCGUCUGCCGGCGCCACCUCCAGCCUCCAGGGCCAUGUGUGUGUCCGUGACCACCCCGCGCGUUGAGCAGACGGUCAGACAGACGCAGAGAGAGCUCGUGGACAAGAGGGGAGCGGGCCAUGGAGGGCGGGUGCGGCCAUUUAAGGAGAUACCGCACACAGGGAGCAACGGGUGGGUGAACCUGCUGCGCUUCUGGAGGGCCGGGAAGUUCAGUCAGCUGCACAAACACAUGGAGGAAUCAUUCAAUACACUGGGGCCCAUCUACAGGGAGCACAUGGGCUCUGUCAGCACGGUGAACAUCCUGCUGCCGGUGGACAUCGGGGAGCUGUUCCGGCUUCCUCCCCGCCGAUGGGCUUCCUGGACCACACACCGACGCACUGACGCAUGGAUGUGUGUGUGUGUGUGUGUGAACGGCAAUGAGUGGCGGUCAGACCGGCUGCUACUGAACCGUGAGGUGAUGAUGAGUGGCGCGGUGCGGCGCUUCCUGCCCCAGCUGGACGAGGUGGCUCAGGACUUCUGCCGUCUGCUGCGCUCCAGGGUAGAGGCCCGUGGGGUCGCCCUGGAUGCUGAGCACCACAGGCUGAGCCUUGACCCCAGUGCUGACCUCUUCCGCUUCGCUCUGGAAGCCAGCUGUCAUGUCCUAUAUGGCGAGCGGCUUGGCCUCUUCUCCUCUACGCCAUCUCAGGAGGCGGAGCACUUCAUCUUGUCCGUGGAGAGGAUGCUGGCCACCACCACUCCGCUCCUCUACCUGCCUCCACGCCUGCUGCAUCACCUACGCGCCCCCUUGUGGAUUCAGCAUGCCACUGCAUGGGACAACAUCUUCAGCCAUGCUCAAUCUCGUAUCAAGAAGGGGUAUGAGCGUGUGUUGUUGGAGCAGCGGGGGAUGUGUAAAAGGGCUGAAGUGGGCCAGGGGCAGCUCGGCGGGGUGCUGGGGCAACUCUUGGAGAAGGGGCAGCUAUCUCUGGAGCUCAUUCAAGCCAACAUCACAGAGCUGAUGGCUGGGGGUGUCGAUACGACAGCUGUCCCUCUGCAGUUUGCCCUUUUUGAGCUUGCCAGAAAUCCCGAGUUGCAGGAAAGAGUGCGAGACCAGGUGCGGUCGUCAUGGAAACACGCAGCUGGGGACAUCCACAAAGCCCUGCAGGGGGCGCCACUGCUGAAGGGGACAAUGAGGGAGACGCUCAGAUUAUACCCGGUGGGGAUCACAGUACAGAGGCACCCCAUCCGCGACAUCGUGCUCCAGAACUUCCACAUACCCGCUGAGACUCUGGUGCAGGUGUGUCUGUACCCUUUAGGUCGCAGUUCUGAUGUGUUCUCUGAUCCGACUCGCUUUGAGCCGGAGCGCUGGGGGAACUCAGAGGCCGGGGAAGGCCAGGAGAAGACCGGGUUCCGCUCGCUGGCGUUCGGGUUCGGGGCGCGCCAGUGUGUGGGCCGCAGGAUUGCCGAGAAUGAAAUCCAGCUGCUUCUGGCACAUAUCCUGCUGAACUUCCACCUGAGUGUGUCAUCCACAGAUGAUUUGAGCACGAAAUACACACUAAUCCUACUGCCUGAGAAAUCGCCCAGCAUCACCUUCAGUACUCUCUAAGGAUACACACGUGUCACACACACACACACACACACACACACACACACACACACACACACACAAGCACGCACGCACAACUGAAGAGAACACCCAACUUCAUCUGAGAGGUCACCCAACCACACUAGUGUUUUGCUUUUGUCUUGGUCAGUAAUGCGUCUUAGCCUUCAAAACAGAUGUUGUAUGUUACCAUACAAUCUAGCCACCAAACCCACACAGAUAUAUCAGUCAAGCACUAAAAUUUCAGUCAGUUUACUGUUACUGUUAGUUUCACAUGAGCAUGUUUUAUUAAUUGCUAUUGUACUUAAUCAAUGUCAAUCAAGAAAUAAGACCUUUGAUUUUGAGUCAAGAGGCUAUAAAAUCCACAUAAUAGUUAAUCAACGAAAGCCUCCUUAAAAGCGAUGUGUCAAUGACUUUGACUACUGCAGGGGUUCAUAAUCACACGGGCCUUCUGCAGGGGUUCAUAAUCACAUAGGCCUAGUACAGUAACUUUGUCUAAUAUAAACGCUGCUCCGGUGCAUGGCCUAUGUCCACACACAGUUACACGGAUACUGGAUGACAAUAACUCAUGAAAUAGACGGGCCCAUUAAUGAUGAAUGAACUGGUCUUAAUGCUCUUAAUAAAUUCUGUUGUAUCUCCCCUUUCAAUAUUGUGAAUAAUAAAUGUAUAGCCUACAUCUUUUGCCAAUGA